UACGUCAUUGGAAUCUCAAAAUGGCUCCUGCUCACCGCCCAAAUGGGGGCGGCUGCCGGUUUUUCUAAUAACAAAAAUUAUACACGACCAGGCGACUGAUAUUCCCCCUUUUCCUGCCGCCGUCGCUCGGAAUAGCAACCGUAUUUUGAUUAUGCGUCAUUCUGUAAGGAGGGAUACUCUCUGAGAUCAUGAUAGGCAUAAUAGCUAGACAAGGAAAAACGGGGAAAGAGCAAGCAAAGCUGAACCAGCCACCACAGCGUUUUUGUUAUGGAGCAGUGGUGUAAGGAAUGUGAAUGACAUGGAAAAGGCAUAUAAUGUCUCUUCUCCACCGGCUUUCUGUGUUGGUGCGAACGAAAAGGGGAACAGCAGCACAUAUGUCACCCAGCCGCUGUCUCACGGUACCGCCGAAGCGGCAGCUCGUAUCUCUAAACAUGUCAGCAGGGACGCAACGGGUUGCAGUGACAGCAGGGAGUUGGGUGAAGCACGAGAGGAUAUUGGCCGUUCCACGGUUUUAGUUACUGACAGUCCAUCCGGUGGCACUGUAAGCAAUUGUGUUAUUCCUGAGCAAGGUUGUGACUCUGCUACAAACGGGUUUACUGUGUCAACAAUGGUAGGCGCCAAGGCAGGGAACUCCUCUGCUGUCGCUGCAGUGAAUCGAGAGGAAAUGGACGGGAAUGCUCUCCAGAGGAUUUCACUGGCAGAGAAGAACAAGGAAUCCUCUGCAGAAGAAGUAGAUGCCUGUCAUCCACCAUUGAACUUUGUGACAGCAGCUGAGACUGUAGAGUCAUUGACACACUCCUGCAAUGGACAGCUUGAACUGAGCUGCACAGCUGCCUCCCGGACUGUUCCAGAGGGGCUCUCGAAUUGGGACACAGACAGUGUUAUUCAGAGCACCCUCAGCAGUGAUGCUGUUAUUAGGCCACCGAUUAACUGGAGUAUGACCCCUGACAAGGAGGCCAAAAUGGCAAAUGGUGGAUUAUUUAUAGGACACAGCAGCGCCAAGUUACACACAGAGACAGUUGUAACAAUUAUUUUGGAUGGAGCUGCAACAUGUCUCUCUAACACACAGUGUGAAAAACCCUCCUCAAUUGCAAUGAGUGCAAGGGAGGGACAUCACGAAUCCUGCAAUAUCAGAGUGGAACCUGAUGGAGCCGGGGCCCAGCCUAGGACACAAGCUAACAUAGCAGGAGAUCUAUCUGGUGGUGCUACAUCCAAUCUCACUUCUCAGGGUUUACCAUCAAGCCCAGCACCAACGAAAGACCCCUGUAGGGUCACUGCUAAACCAGACACCAUUCAGGGAGAGGAACCUUCAGCAUCUGGUCACCUAGGAGAUGAUCUUUCUUCCAGACCCCAUCCUCAGGCGCUCAGGACCAGGACUGUGCCCAACAGUGUGAGCUAUGACUCCACCAUUCUCAGUCCAGGGGAUGAGGAUGGGGAGACCUUCGCGGAGCUGGGGACCCAGGGCCACAGUGACCGCCGAUUCAUGGACGUCAGUCUGAGCUCCAGGAACACCUUUGAGUCCAGCAGACGUCAGUCUGCCCCAGGGGAUAUACCAGAGGGCCUGAGUGUAGUCUCGGCAGACCCCUCAGAACUGGCUUUACAGUCCAAAAGACCCGGCAUUGCUGAGUAUUUUGGCAGGAGUUUAUUUCCCAAGAAGCAGAGAGAGCCGAAGGGUCCGUCUCAGAAUGUUCCUGGUUGGAAGCUGUUUGGGAAGGUUCCCGCUAGAGAGAGCGCUCCCAAGGACUCCAGGACCAUACAGCAGGAGAGUACUCCAGAUGGUCUCACGUCUGUGUCCACACCAAAUCUCUUAAGCGCAGGGGAGUUUGAGGCCAGGGUGGGCAAGGCUGGGCCUGGGGGAACGUCAGCUGGGACAUCCCCUACUCAGCCUCAACAGGGCCGGAGGAAGAACCUGGAGUUUGAGCCACUGUCCACCACAGCUCUUAUACUGGAGGACAGGCCUGCGAACCUUCCUGCCAAGUCUGUGGAGGAGGCCCAGCGUCACCGCCAGGAGUAUGACGAGAUGGUGGCCGAGGCCAAGAAGAGAGAAUUGAAGGAGGCCCAGAGGAAGAGGAAAGAGAUGAAGGAGAGGUUUAAGCAGGAGGAAAGCAUCGCCAACGCCAUGGUGGUCUGGAACAACGACAUCCUGCCCAACUGGGAAAACACGCGUAACACUCGACGGGUGCGAGAGCUCUGGUGGCAGGGCUUGCCCCCCAACGUCCGAGGAAAGGUCUGGAGCCUGGCCAUAGGCAACGAGCUCAACAUCACCCCAGAGCUGUAUGAAAUAUUCCUCUCCAGAGCAAAGGAGAGAUGGAGGAGUUUCAGUGAGACGGGUUCAGAAACAGAGGCUGACGAUGGGGCAUCGCUGGCAGACAGAGAGUCCAGUCUGGACCUGAUCAAGCUGGACAUAUCCCGCACAUUCCCUCCUCUUUUUAUCUUCCAGAAGGGUGGGCCAUAUCAUGAUCUCCUCCACAGUGUGCUGGGGGCCUACACCUGUUACAGACCUGACGUGGGAUAUGUCCAGGGCAUGUCCUUCAUAGCUGCAGUGUUAAUCCUCAACCUGGAGGAAGCUGAUGCCUUCAUCGCAUUCGCUAACCUGCUCAACAAACCCUGUCAGCUGGCCUUUUUCAGAGUGGACCAUGAUCUGAUGCUGAAAUACUUUGCUGCAUUCGAGGUGUUCUUUGAAGAGAACCUCCCAAGACUAUUUAACCACUUCCAGAGCUCCAACCUCACCCCAGAUCUCUAUCUCAUAGACUGGAUCUUCACUCUGUACAGUAAGUCGUUGCCAUUGGACGUGGCGUGUCGCGUGUGGGAUGUGUUCUGUCGUGACGGCGAGGAGUUCCUGUUCCGGACGGGUCUGGGGAUUCUGCGUCUGUAUGAGGACGUGCUCCUACAGUUGGAUUUCAUCCGCAGCGCCCAGUUUCUGACACGCCUCCCUGAGGAUAUAGGCUCAGAUAGGCUGUUCGCCUGCAUUGCGGCCGCGCCCAUGCUCAAUGGAAACAGAAAAUGGUCCCAGGUAUUUCACGCGUUGAUAAAGGACAACAAGGACAUGGACAGGAAUUGCAACCCAGCACUUAAGAGUUUAUGAUUCAGCAGUGGAACAUUUGAAUGAUCAUGUUCCUCUCUUUAAUUGAGAGGCUUUGAUCACCUUAGAUUGGUCAUGGUAAAUGGACCUCAAAGAAUUUCAUACUUGAAGAUGGAGGCCUUGAACACCAUUGGCAAUUUGAUUGAAUUUAGCGUAUUUAUGGUAGUAUAUCAUGAAUAUACAGUACCAGUCAAAAGUUUGGACAGACCUACUCAUUCAAGGGUUUUUCUUUUUUACUAUUAUUGUAGAAUAAUAGUGAAGA